AUGGAGCUGUCAGCGCUUGUUCAACGCCUGCGAAGCGGUGCCUCGCCCAAGUUUCCCACCGAGGCCAAUUCGCUCGACUUUGCCCGCAACCUGGACUCUCAGGACGAGCUAAGCCAUCUUCGGGAGGAGUUUGUUCUCCCUACCAAGAAGUCCCUCAAGAAGAAGGCCCUGGACGGAUCAAUUCCCAACGGUGUUGCGCAGAAUGGCACAAAUGGUCAUAGCAAUGGUUCAAGUGACGAUGAUAAGCAGUGCAUCUACUUUGUCGGAAACUCUCUUGGUGCUCAACCAAAGGCCGUGAGGGAGUAUCUCAACGCUCAGCUCGAGACAUGGGCAUCCAUUGGUGUGAACGGCCACUUCAACGCAAUGGAAAACUCGCCGCUCCCUUCGUGGCAAGAUCUCGCCGAGGACUGCGCUAUUAGAUCUUCUGAUAUCGUCGGCGCGUCUCCUCACGAGAUCGUCAUUAUGAACACCCUCACAGCCAACCUUCAUCUCCUGAUGGCUAGCUUCUACAAGCCGAAUGAGAAGCGCCACAAGGUCAUUCUCGAGUGGAAGCCUUUCCCUAGUGACCACUAUGCAAUUGAGAGCCAGGUUGUCUGGCACGGUCUGGAUCCUGAGAAGAGCAUGGUUAAGAUCCACCCUAACGAGGACCACAUCAUCACAACGGAUCUGAUCCUCUCCACCAUCGACGAGAACGCCGACGACACUGCGCUCAUCCUCCUCCCUGGUAUCCAGUACUACUCUGGCCAACUCUUCGACAUUCCCCGCAUCACAGCCUACGCGCAAGCCAAGGGCAUCGUCGUAGGCUGGGAUCUCGCACACGCCGCUGGCAACGUCGAGCUGAAGCUCCACGACUGGAACGUUGAUUUUGCCUGCUGGUGCACGUACAAGUACAUCAACGCCGGCCCUGGCUCUAUCGCUGGUGCUUUCGUGCACGAGCGCCACGGCAAGGUCGAGUUCAAGGACGAGUCCGGCAAGGCGUCCUAUAGACCUCGUCUGUCGGGCUGGUACGGCGGUGACAAGAGCGUGCGGUUCAACAUGGACAACAACUUCAUCCCCACAGCCGGUGCGGGCGGUUUCCAGGUGUCCAACCCAUCCGCCAUCGACCUGGCCAGUCUCUCCGGCGCGCUAUCCGUCUUUAACAAAACCACCAUGCACGACCUGCGCUCCAAGGCUCUCGCCCUAACAGCCUACUCGGAAUACCUUCUCGACGAGAUCCUCUCCGAGUCAUCAGACGCCGAGCCGCUCUUCCGCAUCAUCACACCGCGCGAUCCCCUGCAGCGAGGAACACAACUUAGUGUGCUGCUGCGGGAUGGCCUGCUGGAUAAUGUGAGUGCUGCGCUGGAGGAGAACGCGGUGAUUUGUGAUAAGAGAAAGCCUGGUGUUAUUCGAGUGGCGCCUGUGCCUUUGUACUCCCGAUUUGAGGAUGUGUGGAAGUUUAUGCAGAUUUUGAGAAGUGCUUUGAAGCCUUAG